AUGUGGAUCUUCCGCGUGCUUUCGUCUACGAUCUUCCUCCUCUCGAUCAUCCUCUCCAUACCUAUCUCCUUCGAUGUUGGCGGACGGGACUGUGGCCUGGCCUUCUCUUUGUGUUUAUUCCUUUUCUACUUUUUCUAUUCGAUUCUCAAACUAGAUACCCCCGAUAACUCGAGAGGACGAUGGGCUUUAGUGCAGAUUAUUGGCAUGUUCCAGUGGAUCCUGGUGCCAGGACUUUUAAUAUGGAGCAUGAAUCGAUUUGCCGUCGAUGCGAAUAAUAGCGGAGACUGGGUUGCGAGAACGUUUAGUGGCAAGAGAGCACAAAACACCAGCGUGAAGGAGUGGAUAUUCGGCUCCAGCGGCCUCCUGGAGUCGAUGACUGUCGGAACUUGGUACGUGGUACUGCGGUACUCGACGCCGCUGUUCCAGCUAGCAGAGGGGUUCUGCAGUUUGCUUGUGAUCCAAGCCGCCGGACAAAUCACAAGAUGGCUGGUUAACCGUGGCCGAAGUGAUACCUGGAUGAUCGGGCUCCUGGUCAUGUCCGCCUCCAUUAUAUCCAGCUCGGUGUAUUUCCUCUGGCGGAUCACCAAUUUCCCGGAAAUCUCUAAUGUCGACGCCAUCCUUAUUGGGGUCAGCAUAACUUGUGCCGUUUUCCUAUGUGCUUGGGGCAUUGGCAGUGGCAGAGGGAAUCCGGUCGAGAGCUCGCUCCUCUUCGCGUACGUGGUACUGUGCAUCUACCAGAUCUUCACGGACUAUCUCCCUACCUCGGCAGAGGAAGCCGCAUCGCCUCCAGCGCAACCAGAAUUCCCUCCAUUCCCCCCGAUCAUCAUGGCUUCAUACUCCACGUUAGUAUACAUCCUGUCGACGCUACCGUCUGCCGUCCACUCAGGCUUUACCUUCCUCUAUGCGGCAUUCCAAACCAUCACGCCGUCCAUCAUAAUCUCUCUCGCCUACCGGAUCUUCGUUUUCUAUGCAGCUACGCGUAUCAUUCCAGCUGUACGAGAAUCUGGAGCUCGAGCCUUGUCCCAGGAACCAAGUCUUGAGGAUAGCGACGGUGCUGGCAAACUCCUGGGGCUCCUAAGCUGGUUUAGCCCCAGCAUUCUAAUCGCCGUAUACACUAGUCUACUAAUGCAACACUUUUCAACCACAUCCGCAGAAGGAAACAGCGCGGAGUGGUGGACCAUGCAGGGUGGUGAUACUGGUGGUAAUAUCUGGCGUUGGGUAAACGUCGUUGGAACGAUGGGGCUAUAUGCCUUGGAGCUGUACCUGGGCAAGGAAGACAUGGACGGCGGACUUACCGGUCACUGGAAGACCGACUGA